GUCAAAGUAUUUACAAAAACCAAAAUUUUAAUGUCUCGUGUGUGAAACCGAACCGAACCGAGUAAUAUAGCAGCUGUGCUGUGAUGUCUUAAGUCGUUACUGCGACGUCCAUACGUGUGUUAUUUGUUGUGUGUGAUUACAAUGACGAACGAUAAAAUUAAAUUCAGUUGGAUUCGUCCAACUUCUGUGGAAUAUCCAAAAAUUUGGCACACAUUUAAAGCUCGUGAUGUCGACAGUGACGAAUUGGUAGAAUACAGAAUCCAGGACUUGCCACAAUCUCGAGCAGAAGACGCUUUUCAACAUAUGUUUGAGGGUUACGUACAAGAUCAGCCGAUUAUCCAGCAAUUCACUGAGUUAGAAGACAAGUUGGAAUAUUACAAUGAUUUCAAAUUGGCAUGGCAAGCGAUCGUAGAUCAAAAGCUUCCACUGGUGUGCUUCAAAGCUGGUUCAGAUGAUAUCGUUGGAAUGCAUUUCAUUUUUGUCUGUAGCAGAAAAGAUAAAUUCGACGACGUCUUUCUGAACCUUAGUCGAAGUAGAAUAACUAAAAUGGUUUUUAGCAUCGCUAAUUUGUUGUAUGAACAUUUCAAUGUCUACGAUCACUACGGUGUUGAGGAGUAUUUAGCUUCGCAUGGACUUUCCGUAGAUAAACGGUAUCGUGGUCGAGCAAUUGGUGACGAAUUUCUGAAGACCAGAAAAUUGGUUUGUCAAGAGUUCGGUAUAAAAGUAACGCACAGUAUGUUUUCAUCGGAUUAUUCAAACAGAAAUGCGGAGAGAUGUGGCUUUGUAACUAACGCAGAAAUCCGGUACGAAGACAUAGUCAAGACGCAUCCGGAAUUCGAUGUAUCGAAAGUGAGAAGCACAGCUAUGGCCAUUAAGAGUCAAGUUUAUUGAAUUUAUUCUCGCCAAUCGUAGUUGAAUUGUAUAUAAGUCGUCAAAUUUUAUGAGUUUGAUGAACUAUUUUUUUGUUGUCAUUAUUAGGCAGUGGCAAGAAUCUCGUAUUAAAACCAUAAUUUGAA